CCUUUCAUCUCCUAAGUAAGAGUUUAUGGAAGUCAUUUCAUGUUUGGGAAAGAAUAUGUAGACCAAGCAAUCUAACAACCACAAACAAUUUGGGGACUCAGUAAAUAAGACAGCUUCUUUUUUUAAAUCUUAGAUCUUAUUGCUGUUCCUGAUUUCCAGUCAGGAGCUAUGGAAAACUGGGGUCUCAUCACAUACAGAGAGACUUCUCUACUCUAUGAUCCCAAGACCUCCUCAGCAGCUGACAAACUGUGGGUCACCAAAGUGAUAGCCCAUGAAUUAGCACAUCAGUGGUUUGGUAACUUGGUUACCAUGGAAUGGUGGAAUGACAUUUGGCUAAAUGAAGGUUUUGCCCGGUUCAUGGAGUUGGUUUCUCUUAAUGCGACCUACCCAGAGCUGCAGUAUGAGGACUUCUUUAUGAAUGUAUAUUUUGGUGCAAUUGCAAGGGAUUCAUUAAAUUCUUCUCGUCCAAUCUCCAACCCAGCAGAAACCCCCAUUCAGAUAAAUGAAAUGUUUGAUACCGUGUCCUAUGAUAAGGGAGCUUGUAUUUUGAAGAUGCUCCAGGAUUUCCUAUCUGAGCAGGUUUUUCAGAAAGGGGUAAUUCAGUAUUUGAAGAAGUACAGUUAUAGGAACGCAAAGACUGAUGACUUGUGGAACAGCCUGGCAAAUAUUUGUCCUGAAGGUGAUUUAUCUUCUGGAAGUUUUUGCUUUGCUGCUUCCAGACCCAUUAGCAGUGCAUUCAGUCAUGAUGGAAGUCUUACAGAGAUCAAAGAAAUGAUGAACACUUGGACACAUCAGAAAGGAAUCCCACUAGUUCUUGUAAAAUGUGAAGGAAACACCAUUAAAUUGCGACAGGAGCGUUUCCUGAAGGGUGUCUUUGAAGAAGAUCCUGAAUGGGCUAAUCUGCAGUCAAGGUAUUUUUGGCAUAUCCCACUUACCUACAUCACUAGCAGCUCCAACACGGUUCACAGACAUGUAUUAAAAACUAAAACAGACUCAUUAAAACUCAAGGAAGGUGUUGCCUGGGUGAAAUUCAAUGUAGAUAUGAAUGGCUAUUAUAUUGUUCACUACGAGGGGAAUGGAUGGGACAACAUCAUUACAUUGCUGGAUCAGAACCACACACUCUUCAGUCCCCAGGACCGAGUGAACUUGAUCCACAAUGCAUUUGAACUGGUCAGUGCGGGAAGGCUCUCAUUAGACAGAGCCCUCGAUCUGACUCGGUAUCUCCAACAUGAAACCAAUAACAUAGUACUUCUGAAAGGCUUGGGCUACCUGGAAUCAAUCUACCAUGUGAUGGAGAGAAGAAAUAUUUCCAGUGUCUCAGAACACCUUAAGAAGUAUAUCCUGCGGUAUUUUAAGCCGGUGAUUGACAGGCAGACCUGGAGUGAUGAGGGCUCUAUUUCUGACAGAAUGCUUCGUUCUGAUCUCCUGCUACUCGCCUGUGAUCUGCGCUAUUCUCCCUGUAUCCAGAAGGCAAAUGAGCUUUUCAGCCAGUGGAUGGGAUCUGGUGGAAAUUUAGACCUUCCAACAGAUCUUUUAAAGACAGUUUACUCAGUUGGAGCACAAACGGGAGCAGGAUGGAAUUAUCUACUGAAGCAGUAUAGUCUAUCUGUUUCGGAUGCAGAAAAGAACAAAAUCCUCUAUGCUUUGACCACAAGCAGGCAUCAUGAAAAACUGGCAAAGCUAAUUACUCUAGGCAUGGAAGGUGAAGUUAUCAAGACUCAGAAUCUGGCAAUUCUUCUUCAUGCUAUAGCCAGGAACCCAGAGGGACAGAGACUUGCCUGGAAUUUUGUCAGAGAAAACUGGAAAAAGCUUCUUGAAAAGUUUGAAUUAGCUUCUUUCUCCAUUCGAACUAUUAUCUCUGGCACUACAUCCCACUUUUCAUCCAGAGAUGAACUAGAAGAGGUGAAGAUCUUCUUUAAGUCUCUAAAUAAUCAAGGAUCACAGCUAAAAAUCACUCGAGUUGUGCUGGAAACCAUAACAAAGAAUAUUAGAUGGCUGGAGAAGAAUCUCAGCAGUUUAAGAAACUGGCUUCUCAAUAAUCUUUAGGGUUUGACAUGAAUAUGAGAUGAUGAGUACAUGUCUAGUCUACUAGCACCCUCCAAACUAAAGGGGAUUUCAGUUUGGGUUAAAUGUUUCUUUUCCCUCCCACUGGUGAGUUGCAUUUGAAUACAGUAUGAAUUUGAAUAGAUAUAUUUGAUCCUCAUUCUAUUGUGCUAUAUAGAUAGCAGAGUUGACAAAAUGAAAUGUCUGUGCUACAAAGCUGAAGAAAAAUGGGAAAAUUUUCAAUAAUCCAAAUUGUGAAGGAGUGUUUGGAAACCUGAUCUGUUGAGGGGAGCGCCUGUGAAUUGCUUCAGUCAUUUGUCAUAGAUCAAUGCUGUAAACAGCCGUUUGAUUACAAACCCUGUUUAGCAUGGCUACAUGGAUAGAGAACAUAUAUAUUUUUUCCUG